ACCUGUAACGAUCUGACAUCUCGCCUGGGCGCCUUAUUGCUGGACAGUGAUGAUGAAAGUGCGUCUGACGACGGAGACAGUGAAGAUAAAGAAAAUGCCGUCCCCGAUGAUCCUGAUUGGUCUUUCCGUGUUGAUUCUCUGUCUCCGUUCAUAUUUGAGCCCCCUCCAAUUUCUCCUCUUGACGACAUGGAUGUCGGUCCUCCUAUCCGGCCCGUCGAGUUCUACAGAUUGUUUCUCAACGAUCGCUUAGUAAAUGCAAUUCUUCUAGAAACAAAUCGCUACGGCUUGACAGGUUCUAGUUCUUUCGGGGAAGUAGGAUACGACGAAUUCAUGAAGUUCAUGGGAGUGUGUAUGUAUAUGGGAAUUGUGAAACUUCCAACACUGCGAAGCUACUGGUCGUCGAGAAGGAUCUACGGUGGUACUCCCCUUUGUAGAUCAAUCAUGACUAGAAGUAGAUUUGAAGCUAUUCUCGGGAAUCUGCACUUUUGCAAUAACGAUGAAAAGGAUGUGGGAGACCGGUUGUUCAAAAUCAGAAUGAUACUCGACUCUUUCAAUGAUACUGCUUCUACAGUCUGCAUUCCUGGAAAAUGUCUGACGAUUGAUGAAUCUAUUGUACCAUUCAGAGGACGCCUCUACUUCAAGCAAUAUAUUCCCAAUAAAAAGCAUAAGUUCGGAAUUAAGGUUUUUAAGCUUUGUUGUGAAGGGGGCUACACAUCCAAAGUUGAGGUUUAUUGCGGCAAGCUCAACGACAAAUGCGGUUCCGUCGCCGAAGCAGUGGUAAUGAGACUCAUGAACGGUUAUUUGGAUUGCGGCAGGAAACUUUACUGCGAUAACUGGUAUUCGUCAGUGCCUCUCACAAGGAAGUUGUUGAACCAUUACACUGAUUUUGUGGGCACGUUCAGGAAAAACAGGAAAGGGUUUCCAAAAGCAGUGACACAGCGAAAACUAAAAAGGGGUGAAAUCAUAGCCUGCCAACACAAGGAUGGGAUCACGGUGAUCCAGUGGAGGGACAAGCGCCCAGUAUUUUGCAUGUCAACAUGCCACGGCGACGACCUGGACAAGAUUGGACCAGAUGAGCGCCACAACCCUUUUGUGAGAAGGACGUCGAAAUGGUACGUGCGAUUCUUCUUCCACAUGAUGCUGCAGACGUCCAUCGUGAACGCUUGGGUGUUGUACAAUAAGAGAGUCGCGAAAAUGCCGUCUCUCGAGUUUCAGACGCAGAUUGCUGAGAGUUUAUUGGGAUUGGAAGUAUCUCAAAGUGACAUUGCUUCAGGGACACAAAAGGUCUUGGAAAAAGUGGAGGGACCCUUGGCGGCCACACGCAAAAAUUGUUCUGGGUGCUACAAAAGACUAGCGUUGACGAUAGGCAGGGACUUGGCGCGCAAAAAAGUAAAAAGAGUCAAUACCCAGUGCUCCCGUUGCAAAAAAUAUAUUUGUCUAGAUUGUUAUAAUGUUUCUCAUCUG